UCUUUUUCUUCUAGUAUCAGAAACUGAGGGAUGUUUGAUUGAAUCUACAGAGGGAGUCAUCAAAUCACACUAACAUCCCGAAGACUUUUGUGAACGUGCAAUAGACGAGAAGAAGCGUGAAGAGCUCAUCUUGAUCAUGACAGAAAUGACACUGAGCAGAUACAAUGAGCCUCCUUCCCAUGACCAUGCAGUGAGGUGUGUCUAAUGAACUCCAAGCCAGGGCUUUCAUUGUGAGAAGGGAAUCUUAGAGGAAUAUCUCCGGGGGAGAGAAGAGUUUUCCACGGAAGAUGGCCUCAGACAAAGAAGAUAGCGUGGAUGAAAAACUGGCACACAUCAAACAAGAGAUCUGUGAGUGGCAUGCACCAGAGGACCUGUGUGUGAAGUCGGAGGUUUGUGAAAGAAGAAUUUCAGGUUUGAAAGAGGAAGAAUCUGAAGGGGAGAUUGUCCAAGUUAAAGUGGAGGAUUCAAAUGCCUUCAGAUGUGGGAAUGUUUUCAAACAAGAGAUUUCUGAAGAAUCUCAUUCCAAUCUACAGCCCUGGCUGACUCAUAUGGCUACCCAGCAGAAUUCUGUGGAACCGAAAUCUGAAUUCUUGGAGUCUGAAGAGAAAAUCAGUGAAAGAAACGUGAGAGACGGAGAAGAAGAGCAGCAGUCAUGUAGGAGCAGGGGAAUAAAUUUCCAGGAUGAAAGCAGCUUCUCUGCAUCGUCAUUUGCUCAGGCUUCUCUUCAGUGCAAACUGCAACAGCAGCAGGACAAGGGCAAGAAGAAAAAAUCAUCCAGAGGAUCAGAGGAUUUGGCCGUACCCUCUUUCCAGUGCAGUUCUCUUCUUCCUGCCAGGCCAGCACAGACAGACGCCAUCUACACUGAUCAACAACAAGUGCAUAAUACAGACCAAGAGGUCUUGCAUACCGGUGGAAAAACAUAUAAAGACAAAUCUGAAUGUGAAGGUAAGUCAAUUCAUACAAUUCAGAAGCCAUAUGCCUGUUGUGAAUGUGGGAAACUAUUUCCGCACAAAAGAAGUCUACAAAGACAUAAAAGAAUCCACACUGGAGACAACCCCCACUGCUGUCCAGAGUGUGGCAAACGAUUCCCCGAUAACAGUGCUCUUCAGCGGCACACACGCGUUCAUACUGGAGAGAAGCCAUACAGCUGUCCUGAAUGUGGCAAAAGAUUUUCACAUAACAGCAGUCUUCAAAAUCAUAAAAAAAUUCACAUGGGAGAAAAACCUUAUUGCUGUUCUGAAUGCGGUAAAGGAUUUUCAUUUUUAGGAAAUUUUUAUAACCACUUAAGAAUUCACAGUGGAGAGAAGCCUUACUGUUGUAGUGAAUGUGGCAAAUGGUUCUCACGAAUAAACAAUCUUCGGACCCACACAAGAAUCCACACCCGAGUAAAGCCCUUUUGCUGUUCUGAAUGUGGUAAAGGAUUCACUGAUAGUAGCAAACUUCAGAGCCACACAAGAGUUCACACUGGAGAAAAAAAAUAUUGCUGUUCGGAAUGUGGCAAACGUUGUGAUAAUCCCAGCAGUCUCCAAAGACAUAUGCAAGUUCAUACUGGAGAGAGGCCAUGUUCAUGUUCUGAGUGUGGCAAACAAUUUUUUGACCGUAACAGUCUUCAGCGGCACUCACGAGUUCAUACUGGAGAGAAACCUUACUGCUGUUCGGAGUGUGGCAAAAGAUUCUCUUACAGUAGCUCCCUUCAAACGCACAACCGAAUUCACACAGGAGAGAAGCCAUAUUGCUGCUCUGAAUGUGGCAAACGAUUCUCUAAUCAUGGCUCUUUUCGGCAGCAUACACGAAUUCAUACUGGAGAGAAGCCAUAUUGCUGUUUGGAAUGUGGUAAACGAUUUUCACAAGUAAGCAACCUUAACUACCACUCGAAAAUCCAUACUGGAGAGAGAGGAAUUAGAGCAGAGCUACCUGGUGGAAAAAAUCCAACUGAAACUGUGCCCGGGUGCCGGGAUAACCGGCUCCGUGCAGAAUGUCAGCUGCCUAAGAGCCUUCAGACCAGUCCUGACCAUGUGAGUCUUAGAACAGAAGAGCAGACACUUGGUAGAGAGAAGAGUUUCCCACGGAGCAUGGCCUCAGCCAAUGAUGACAGCAUUGAUGAAAGACUAGCACAGGUUAAACAAGAGGACUACGAGCUGGGUGAAUCAAAAGAUCAUGAGGGCGUUAUUUCCUUGUUUAAAGAGGAGGGGAUUGACGUUAAAGUUGAGGAUUCUAGAGAUGACCUUGUUAGCCUUGCACUCCAAAACUCCAAAACUGGGAAUGCAUUCACUCAAGACGUUUGUGAAGAGUCUCAAUCCAGUUUACAACCCUGGGUCACAAAUAUGGGGCAAAUGCAUAACUUUCUUGAAGUAAAAUCUGAAACUGAAAAGAGAAUUAAAGAAGAGGACUGCGAGUGGGGUGCAGUGGAGAGUUUCUAUUUGAAGGUGGAGGAUUGUGACGGGGAAAUUUCAGAUGUUAAGGAAGACGGGUCCAAGGGGGAGACUGUUGACAUUAACAUCAAGAAGUCGGAGGAUUUCUCAGUUGGUCUUCAAAAACAUGAAAGUGGAAAUAUUUUUAAGGAGGAUAUCUGGGAAGAGUCUCAUUACAGUUUACAGCCCCGGGUCACUAAUACGGGACACCUGACUACUCGGCAGAAUUCUUUGGACCUGAAAUGUGAGAUAUCCGAGAUUGAAGAUGAAACUGUUGAAGGAAAUGGGAGAGAAGCAGAGGAGCAGCAGUCAUCUGUAAUUGCUGAAAUCAAUUUCCAGGAGAAUGGCAGCUUCUGUCCAUCUUCAUUUGCUCAGAGCGCUCUUCAUUGCAGACUGCAGCACAAACAGGACAAGGGGAAGAUGAACAAAUCACCAAGCGGAUCAGAGAAAUGGACCCCAGCCUCUUCCCAGUGUUGUUCUCUUCCACAAGCCAAGCAAAUAAAAAUAGGAGUCAUUAACCCUGAACAACUGUACAAUCCUGAGGUUGUGUAUACUAGCCAAGAACACACAAAACCAUUAAAGAACAAAUCUUACUGUAAAGAUAAGUCAAUUCAUACAAGGCCAAAGCCAUUUUGCUGUUCAGAGUGUGGCAAAAGAUUCCUCCAUAAUAGCAGUCUUCAGGCACAUGUAAGAAUUCAUACUGGAGAAAAACCUCAUUGCUGCUCUGAAUGUGGUAAACGGUUUUCCAGCAGUUACAAGCUCCAAAGACAUACAAGAAUCCACACUGGAGAAAAGCCCUAUGGCUGUGACGAAUGUGGAAAAAGAUUUUCUGACAGUGGCACUCUUCAGGUACAUAGAAAAAUGCAUACUGGAGACAGACCUCAUUGUUGUUUUGAGUGUGGCAAACGAUUUUCUGACAGGUUUAGUCUCCAAAGACACACACGAAUCCACACUGGAGAAAAGCCCUUUGAAUGUGCUGAAUGUGGAAAACGAUUCACUGAAAAGGGCAAUCUUCAGAAGCACACAAAAAUUCAUUCUAGACAGAAGACAUACGACUGUUCUGAAUGUGAAAAAAAAUUCACUGACAAAAGAGCUCUUCGGCAGCACACACUGAUUCAUACUGGAAAAAAACCUCACUGUUGUUUUAAAUGUGGUAAACGAUUUUCUGACAAUUACAAGCUCCAAACACACACAAGAAUCCACACCGGAGAAAAGCCAUAUGGCUGUGCUGAAUGUGGGAAAAGAUUCAUCCAAAGAGUCAAUCUUCAGAGCCACACAAGAAUUCAUACAGGAGAGAAGCCAUAUUUCUGUUCUGAAUGUGGCAAAAGAUUUUCUGACAGUUACAACCUUCAAAGACAUACAAGAAUCCACACUGGAGAAAAGCCAUAUGGCUGUGUCGAAUGUGGAAAACGCUUCACUGACAGUAGCACUCUUCAGACCCACAGAAGAAUCCAUACUGGAGAGAAGCCAUAUUGCUGCUCCGAAUGUGGCAAACGAUUCCUCCAUAACAGCAGUCUUCAGGCACACACAAGGAUUCAUACUGGAAUAAAACCUCACUGCUGCUCUGAAUGUGGCAAAAGAUUUUCUGACAGUUACAAUCUUCAAAGGCAUGCGAGAAUCCACACUGGAGAGAAGCCAUAUGGCUGUGCUGAAUGCGGCAAACAGUUUGCAGACAGUAGCAAUCUUCGGAGCCACAUAAGAGUUCAUAGUGGAGAAAAGCCUUUUGCCUGUUCUGAAUGUGGCAAACGAUUUUCCAACCGUAAUGGUCUUCGCCAGCACACAUACAUUCAUAGUGGAGGGAAACCAUUUUGCUGUUCUGAAUGUGGCAAACAAUUCUCCAGGAACAGCCAUCUUCAGUGUCACAAAAGAAUUCAUACAGGAUAUUCUCUCGCGGACGACUCGCUUCGUUUCUCUUUGUUUGAUUACGCCGGCGGACUGCUAGACGGGGCACGUGCGUGCACAACCGGGACAAAGGCUAACAGAAGAAGAAGAAGAAGGAGGAGGAGAAAAAUUGGAAGCAAGGAAAAAAAGAGCGGCGAAAGGGAGAGUGUCGGUAAAAAGGAGCCACCUUCCCAACUGACACAUCCAUGCAGUGAGGUGUCUAGUGGUCUCCAUGCCAGGGCCAUCCAUAUGAGAAGGGACUAUAAGAAGAGAAGAGCAGACCAAUUGGGGAAGAGAAGAGUUUUACACAGAGGAAUGGCCUCAGACAAAGAUGGUGGCAUGAAUGAAAGACUGGCAUGCAUUAAACAAGAGGACUGUGAGUGGGGUGCAGCGGACGGGGAGUAUGUGAGAUCAGAGGCUGGUGAAGGGGGAAUUUCAGUUUUUAAAGAGGAGGAGUGUAAGGAGGAGAUUGUUGAAGUUAAAGUUGAGGAUCUGGAAAAUUUCUCCUGUAGUCCUGGGUACAUUUUCAAGCAAGGUAUUUGUGAAGCGUCUCAUUCCAGCUUUCAGCCCCAGUUCACUAAUACGGGGCAACUGGCUGCCCAGCAGAAUUCCAUGGAAGUGAAAUCUGAGAUUUCAGAGUUUGAAGGGAAAAUCACGGAGGGAAUCGAAAGAGAGGCAGAAGAGCAGUCAUCAUCCAGGAAUGUUGGAAGAAAUUUGCAGGGGAAUUGCAGCUUCUCUACAUCUUCAUUUGCUCAGAUGUCCGUUCAGUACAGACUCCUCCACAAAGACAAUAAUGAGAAGAUGAAGAAAUCAUCAAGAGGACCAGAUGGUUUGGCGGCCACCUUUUUGCUGUGCAGCUCUCUUCCUGCUGCUGAACUAACCAAAACUGGAGGCAUCGCCACUGAUCCAUACCGUGUUCAUAAUACAGACCAAGAGGGGUUAUAUGCCAACCGAGAGGGUGAAAAUUUUUUAAAAACAAAAUUGGACUAUAAAGAUAAGUCAGUUAAUUCAGUCCAGCCAUAUAUCUGUUCUGAGUGUGGCAAAGUGUUUCCCCAUAAAAACAGCCUUUACGCACAUAAAAGAAUUCACAUUGGAGAAAAACCCCAUUGCUGUGCAGAGUGUGGUAAGCGAUUCCUCAGUAACAGUGCACUUCAGCAGCACACACGUGUCCAUACUGGAGAGAAGCCGUACAGCUGUUCCGAAUGUGGCAAAAGAUUUUCUCAUCAAAGGAGUCUUAAAAACCAUACAAAAAUCCACACUGGAGACAAACCUUACUGCUGCUCUGACUGUGGUAAAGACUUCUCAUUUUUAGGUAACUUUCAAAACCACUUAAGAAUUCACACUGGAGAAAAGCCUUAUUGUUGUAGUGAAUGUGGCAAAACAUUUACACAAGGAAGCAGCCUACGGAGGCACAUCAGAAUUCACACUGGAGAGAAGCCUCACUGUUGUUUGGAAUGUGGCAAACGAUUCUCACAAAUAAGCACUCUUCAGCGGCACAGACAGACUCACACUGGAGAAAAGCCAUAUAGCUGUUUAGAAUGUGGCAGACAAUUCUCUAAAAGUAGCCAUCUCCAGAGGCACAUGCAAAUUCACACUGGAGAGAAACCAUAUUGCUGUUCUGAAUGUGGAAAACAACUCUCUGACCAUAGCUCUCUUCGGCAGCACACACGAAUUCACACUGGAGAGAAGCCAUUUUGCUGCUCUGAGUGUGGCAAACGAUUCUCUAACUAUGGCUCUUUUCAGCAGCACAAACGAGUCCAUACUGGAGAGAAGCCAUAUUGCUGUUCUGAAUGUGGUAAACGAUUUUCACAAAGAAGUGGUCUUCGAUACCACUCAGAAAUUCACACUGGAGAGAAAAGAAUCCGAGCUGAGCUAGCUGGGGGGAGGAGCUGAAGUCUGCCCUAGUAUUCCAUGAAUUGAGACUUAUCCAAAUAUCCCUAACUCGAGUAAGCCUUGUUUGCUAUUUGAGGCUCAAGUGGUCCCACUAAUGCAAAUUGCUUUAAUUCAAGAUGGGGUUUCGCCAAUAAAUGACUUUGUGUGAACUUGUGAAAUUUAACCAGCCUUCCCUACUAAUCAUUGGUAACAUCUAUCAUGGCUCCAAAACACACAGAGAAGAGUGUGACAGCUGCAGCUUGAAUGCUUUUGACUCUAAGUAUGAAGCUGGUGGGAUGUAUGGCAUUUUGAGACAGGUUGGGAGAGUUUAUGGAUUUAUUUAACUGUAGUCAAAUAGAAGAACAUGUAACAGAGACAGUAGUGGUCUUUUUAGAAUGUUUGACAAGAAAUAACACUUGAUCUGUAAUAACACAUGAAGGAAACCAUAUUGCUGUUGUGAAUGUGGCAAACAACUCUCUGACCAUAGCAGUCUUCAACAGCACACAUGAAUUCAUACUGGAGAGAAGUCAUUUUGCGGCUCUGAAUGUGGUAAACGAUUCUCUAACUAUGGCUGUAACUAGGGCAGUUUGGCAAUCCAUAGCAGGUCAAUAACAACAUGUGUCGCCUGCACUGCAUAACUAAA